CAAAGUAGAUAGAAGAGACAGAGCAGAAAGGAGAAUGUGUUUCAUCUGGGUUUCAUUACUUAUGCAAAGCUGAAUUUGAUGUUGUCUUCAGUCUUCACUUCUCUCGAUGACUUGAAAGUUCCUUUUUCUGAAUUGUGAUCACGAAACAACUCGUAGAUUUACGUUUGUGACUUUUAGAACCAAAAGGAGGAGUUUGCUGUGAGAUAUGGAAUUUUGGCAGCAGGAUUAUUUCCCCGUCUUCCUUGUAUAGGUUCACUGACUAGCCUGUAUCGAAUUUAUCAAGGGGAACUGUGUUAUAUUUUUCAUGGGUUCUGUUUCCGAAGAACCACUGCAGCAUCAACUCAACAAGCCACCAGGAAUCCGAUUCGUGGAGUACAUAAGGGCAGCCCCUCUCUCCUUCCGAACCUACCAAUCUGUUGUAUUGAUCCUAACAUUCUUGGCUUACUCGAGCUACCAUGCCGCUCGUAAGAUUACGAGCGUGGUCAAAAGUACACUCGAUCCAGACUCAGAAGUGGGCCAACGGUUCUCCGUGUGGACCAGGCCAUCUCGAACCGCCCCAUUUUCUCGGGUACUCGCGAGUGGUUGGGCCCCAUUUGACGGAUCAGACGGGGCCUCAUUGCUUGGUGACCUCGACGUGGCUUUUCUCUUGGUGUACUCCAUUGGAAUGUACUGCUCGGGGCAAUUGGGAGACAGAUUGAAUCUGAGGAUAUUUCUAACGGUUGGAAUGGCUGGGACUGGUUUAUUUACUUCCCUCUUCGGGGUCGCUUAUUGGGCGAACAUCCAUGUAUAUGUUUACUUCCUCGCAGUUCAGAUGCUCGCGGGUCUGUUCCAAUCAACGGGAUGGCCUUCGGUCGUGGCAGUUGUUGGAAACUGGUUCGGUAAAAGUAAGAGAGGGCUCAUUAUGGGGAUAUGGAAUGCUCACACUUCUGUAGGGAACAUCACGGGAUCUCUCAUUGGUUCUGCUAUGUUGAGUUACGGAUGGGGCUGGUCCUUCGUGGUCCCUGGUCUGCUUAUUGCAUUUCUCGGUUUAGUGGUUCUGCUGCUUCUUCCAGUUAGUCCUGAAUCUGUUGGAGCUGAUAGGGAUGAAGAUGACUUGAGUUCUCUGAAGAAGAGCACGGAUGAAGUGACGGAAACCCUACUAGCUUCGGGUUCUGAGGUUAAGCAGCAAGCCGUGGGGUUCAUAGAAGCGUGGAAGAUUCCAGGAGUCGCGCCCUUUGCACUCUGCCUCUUUUUCUCGAAAUUGGUGGCUUACACAUUCCUCUAUUGGCUCCCAUUCUACAUUAGCCAGACAGCUAUAGAUGGACAGUAUCUGUCGAGUGAGGCUGCUGGAAACCUGUCCACGUUAUUUGAUGUCGGAGGAGUCAUAGGAGGGAUCCUAGCAGGCCACAUAUCCGAUAAGCUAGAUGCUCGGGCAAUCACAGCUGCUACUUUCAUGUACUGUGCGAUCCCUGCCCUAUUCUUCUACCGUUCUUACGGCUACAUCUCCCUGCCCAUAAACAUCGUGUUGAUGUUCAUCACGGGCAUGUUUGUGAAUGGGCCCUACGCCCUGAUCACGACAGCUGUCUCGGCCGACCUGGGGACACACAGCUCACUGAAGGGGAGCUCUCGAGCACUCGCGACGGUCACGGCUAUCAUAGAUGGCACGGGAUCAGUGGGGGCUGCAAUCGGGCCCUUCCUGACGGGCUAUAUAUCGGAGGAUAGCUGGAGCGCAGUUUUCACCAUGCUGAUGGCAGCGGCUCUGGUGGCGGGCCUGCUGCUGACCAGGCUGGUUGUGGCUGAGGUGGCCGCUAAGAUCGAGGAGUCUAGGGCCCGUGGAGCAUCAAGAUUGAUAGUUGAGGUUUGAUGGAGGUGCCCCUGAAGAUUGGAGGCCCGACUAUAUAUAUAUAUAUACCCGAAGGUCUCCCUCCCUGCUUUGCGUACCCAAAGUGGGACUGAAGGAUUACAAUAUGCAAACAAAUUAAUAUGAAUGUUAUAUUCGAGGCCAGUGAUUAGGCGGAUAUGGGAGGGCAUUGGAUUCUUUCCCAUUGUAUUUUUUGUUUUGUAUAAUAUUUGUCUGUUCCAAUUUAAUUUGAUGUCUAUAAUAUAUAUACAUAUAUAUAUGGAGCACAAGAUUGAAGA